GUGUUGUCCAAACACCAAACUUGAAUACUAUCUCCUUCCCGCCAAAGGACUUUAGCGCCACCUUUGCAAGCGCAUAUAUCUCAUUUGGACAACAUGUAUACCGCAUAUUUCCUCCCACUCCUAGCAACUCUUGGUGCCACACUUCCAACGGCUGAAGACUAUUCUCUCGAUAUUGCCAAAGCAAUCGUUGCACGUGCACCCCCAGAAGCCAAGGCCGUCUUGAAAUCCACCACAUCCACCGGAACGGGCUGCGGUCCCAACUCAGCUGCUUUCCUAAUCAACGACAAUGCUACAGUUGCUUUUGAUGCGAUGGUUGUAGAAUCUACCAGCAAGGAUUUGAGCAAGAAGUGCCUCAUAACCAUCGAUUUGCAAUUGGAUCCGAAGUGGAAGUACACUAUCAACAAGGCAAGUGAUAUCCGCGGAUACAUUGACCACGGAAAUGCCAAGAUCAAAGUUUUGUAUACUGUUGGAGGCGAUUCAUCGGAAGUAAAUGGAGACAUCAACGCAGCGACAAAACAGGACUAUUCGUAUGUGUUUCACUCGACCAGUCCCGGAGCGACUUCAGCGCCCGGCGGUGGUGUCGCAACGAUCGACGUUCAAGUCAGAUUACUUCCAGAAGCUGGUACGGCAUCUGCUGUGACUGUGGAUAGCAUUGAUAUUGGAUUCAACUACGCCAAAGCAUAA